CUGUCUGAAAGUGUUCAACACUUCAUCUUCAGUUUUUUCCCAACAACUGAUGCAGUAGUUAGGCAAACUGAGCUAAAUUUACCAAAAGACAUUUCACACUAUAUAUAUAUAUGCAUGUAUGAAUGAAUCUACGCAAUUAUUUCACAUAAAAACACCACCACCCCUCAGUCGCCAGCAAGAAUGUCGCGAGAAAAACCGGAGGUCGAAAACAACCUAGGACCGGCUACUCAUUCAAAGAUGAAUCUGAUCACCGCACUCCUGAGAUUGCUUGCUUUUCUUGCAACACUCUCAGCUACGCUUGUGAUGGCGCUUAACAAGCAAACGAAGACCGUAACUGUGGCUACGAUUGGAACUGUGCCAGUAAAUGCUACUCUUACAGCCAACUUUCAACACACUCCUGCAUUUGUGUUUUUUGUAAUAGCGAAUGCCAAUGCUAGUCUGCACAACCUGCUGAUGCUGGCAGUGACCUUCGUGGGACGACCAAAGUACAAAUUCAAAGGAUUUGCUCCAUUGGCAAUUCCACUAUUGGACAUGGCAAAUGUGGCUAUAGUCUCCGGCGGAGCCAGCGCAGCCGGAUUCAUGGGGCAAUUAGGUAGGGACGGGAAUUCGCACGCCAAGUGGAACAAAAUCUGUGACAAAUUCGAAACCUUCUGUGAUCGCAGCGGUGGCGCCAUCAUUGCUUCCUUCGCCGGCCUAACGCUGAUGAUCAUCAUUUGCUCCAUCUCCAUUGCCAAGCUUCGCAAUCACGCGUAGCUGCUGCAAUCUUCUUGUCCACUCCUCCUUUUUUUUUUAUUAUUUAUUUCUUCUUCUUCUUCUUCUCUUAGUCAUGGUGAUGACUUCUUUUCUGGCUUUCGACGUUAAACAAGCCUAUGGCUUCUGUGUUAGUUCUUGAUAUACUAAGUCAAAACAACCUCGCAAUGAAAUGUCAAAUUUUAGUUAAGAAUCAAACUACGCCA